UAUGUCCGGUGCUCAUCUCUUUUUGUUGACAAGUACUAUAUAAGGACACCGUAUAUGUCGUGAUUUACAUUCAGUAUUCUUUUGCAAAGUAUGUAAGCCAAUUGAAUGUCAGAAACGGUGUUAUAUAUGUAAAUAGAUACAAGGGCUGUUAGGUUGACUUAAAACAGCAAGUCAUUGGGUUAGGGAGUUAGAUGAAGAGAACAGUGUCAUAAAGGCCCUUUACCACCAUGAAGGAAUCGCUGCAAAACGCUGUGCAUGACUACAGGAGUAGGGGUCAAGUCGAGGGAAAGAAACAGCCCAAACGUAUCAGUUUCCGCAAACGAUGCGCAAUUUUGCUGGUAUUUGUGCUUGUGGUGGCAGCGGUGGGAUUAAUUGCAGUUCUCAUCGAUACUGGCACCAUACCUGUGGGUGGCACGUCAAAAAGCAGCGUGUCUGCCUCCAAAGGUGGAACUACUGCUACUGUAAUUGCAGCUGAUGACCCUGAGGCACCUCCCUCGGCUUCACGACUGGGAGAAUACAGGUUUGCCGCCGUAGCUGCGGAUGCUGGAGAAUGCUCAGAAGUGGGGACAGAAUUUCUUGUCCGGUAUGGCUCAGCAGUGGAUGCGGCCAUCGCAUCAUUGUUAUGUAUAGGAGUACACAAUCCGCACAGUAUGGGCCUCGGAGGAGGUUUCUUCAUGACAGUUUAUAACAGGGCCAACAAAACAGCAUAUACAAUUGAUGCAAGGGAACAAGCACCGGCUUCCGCUAAUGAGACCAUGUUCACCAACAACCCUAGCAAAACCGCAUCUACUAUUGGAGGACUUGCCAUUGGUGUGCCAGGAGAAAUAAGAGGCUACUGGUUGGCCCACCAACGUUUUGGUAAACUACCGUGGAGGGAGCUGUUCGUGCCUUCCAUAAAAAUGUGUAGAUCAGGGAUAAAAGUCGGGAAUUCCCUGGAAAAUGCCUUAAGAGUUCGAAAAAGGGAAGUCCUAACUGACACUAGUCUCAGGGCCAACAAAACAGCAUAUACAAUUGAUGCAAGGGAACAAGCACCGGCUUCCGCUAUUGAGACCAUGUUCACCAACAACCCUAGCAAAACCGCAUCUACUAUUGGAGGACUUGCCAUUGGUGUGCCAGGAGAAAUAAGAGGCUACUGGUUGGCCCACCAACGUUUUGGUAAACUACCGUGGAGGGAGCUGUUCGUGCCUUCCAUAAAAAUGUGUAGAUCAGGGAUAAAAGUCGGGAAUUCCCUGGAAAAUGCCUUAAGAGUUCGAAAAAGGGAAGUCCUAACUGACACUAGUCUCAGCGAAGUGUUCGCCCCAAAUGGAAACUUAUUAAAAGCAGGGGAAACGAUGUACAGGUUCAAGUUAGCGGAUACGCUGGAGAAAAUUGCCAAUGCGACUGAUGGAGGAUCGGAAUUUUACGACUCUGAACUGACUCAAGACAUCGUUGAUGAGAUCCAGGCGAAAGGUGGCAUCAUAACAAGACAGGACAUGCGCGAUUACAAAGCAAAAGAAAAGAAACCCCUGGUCCUUGAAAUGCAAAACGGAAUGAAAGUGUUCUCACCUCGACCUCCAUCUGGUGGCGCUGUUUAUCAGUUUAUACUUAACAUUCUCCAAGGUUAUAAUUUUACUGCUCAAGAGCUUCAUCGCUCGCAUGCAGUACGUACACAUCAUCGUAUGGUAGAAGCAAUGAAGUUCGCGUAUGCAAAAAGAACCGAAUUAGGCGAUGAAGACUUUUUGAGAAACACCACUUUAGACCAGCUGGUGAAAAACAUGACCUCCCUUGAGUUCGGGGACCAUAUCCGCAGUCUCAUCACAGACAACACAACUCAUGGCACGGCAUAUUAUGGACCAACAUUUUACGACAGAAUGACCGAGGGUACCUCGCAUUUGUCAGUUUUGGCGGGAAAUGGAGAUGCUGUCUCGGUUACCAGCACCAUUAAUUUAUAUUUAGGAUCUCGAGUUCGAGGGAACAAGACAGGAAUUAUAUACAAUGAUGAAAUGGAUGACUUUUCCUCUCCAAACAUAACCAAUGCAUUUGGAAUCCCACCGUCUCCCAACAACUUCAUUCGACCCGGAAAGCGCCCUCUAUCGUCCAUGUGCCCAACCAUUGUAGUUAAUAAGAACGGUGACGUAAUCCUGGUUGUCGGAGCAUCCGGUGGAACCAGGAUAACCACUGCCAUCGCAUAUGUUACGGCACGUACACUAUGGUUCGGUGAAAAUAUCAAGCAAGCCAUCGAUGCUCGUCGAAUUCAUCACCAACUGUUACCGCCUGAAAUAAGUUAUGAGGAAGGGUUCAGAAAAGUGUACAUCUCGGGUCUGAGGGCGCUAAACCAUAAUUUAACAGAGAGAGCUGUCGGGGGCUCUGUGGUACAGGGUAUUCACAGAAGCGGAAGUGCCAUCUAUGCAAACUCGGACUUCAGAAAAGGUGGCUAUCCUGACGGUUUUUAGAAACUACAGUUUUAGAAAGCGUAUUACCUACCACCGGUGUUAUGAUAAUAAGAUUUAGUUUGUUUUUUAAAUUAGCUUAUUUUAUGGUCGAUCUGUCCAAUUGUCAUUUCCCGUCAGCUAUUAUUGGGUUUCUUCAAAACAAGUGCUGAUUAAGUUGGGCUAAAAUUCACAUUCACGACUCUACUCAUAUACACAAUAUUACUAGGAAGAAAAAUAAUUUAACACAGCAGAUAGGGAGAACACCCAGACAAAUACUGGCUUAACACAGUCUGGCGAUCGUUCAUCGCAAAAUUUUACAAGCAUUAGUACCAUACAGGCUUACGUGCCCGUUUUCUAUCAAGAAAUGUGAUGAGAAUGAAUUUGAUCGGUCCAGCUAGUGCGAUGGAUUUAUGGGAACGCUCCCUAAAACACUGUAUACGGCAAAAUUUUGGAAAAUUGUUUAACGCUAAGACCUUUACACGUUCAAGAUUUCCUUGCUUGACUGGUUGAGAUUUUUGUCUAGUAGAAGGGAGGUUGAACUUGCACUACAAAUACAAUGUGUUCGGAUAUUUUACCUUUUUUUCUUAUAUAUAUUUUACCCUUAUAUUUUAACAUUGAAUAUCUCUGGUUUUAAAGUUGUGAAUACAUGUAGAUAUACUUCAAUAUUCCAAACAUCUCUAUAUUCGAAACCAUUGCAUUGAUUUAAAUUCCCACCAGUGCAAACCUGUGCAAACUGGCCAAACAAGAUAAUGAUUUUCGUACUGAAAGCAUUCCGGUAUGUCAUCGUGCAAUAAUCAACUACAGCGCUUACAGGAUGAAACUUGU